AUGGGCACGUACGUUUGUGCCCAGUACAACCAAGGGCCCACGGCGUCCUUGGUUUUGUCCAGCUCUGCACUUGGCACCAUUGCACCGGCGCUGGUGUGCUUCAGCCCUCAGCUCACCCAGGAGGACCUCGAGGCCUUUGACGGCCAAUGGGAACUGCAGAUCCGCUUCGCCGCCUUGCGGCCCAGGACGGUGCAGCUUCAAGAGCCCCUGGACGAGCAGCCUUGUGGCGCUUGGUUCCUGGACCUGGCGGUUGAGGGUGCGGAAGGCUUGCAUGGCUUUCCCGACGUCGCAGGGUGCAAAUGGAAUGAAAGCGUUCCAGAGAUUUCUUUGCAAUUGUCCGGCGAGUUCCCGACAUGUCGCGGGGAUGGCUGCAGCUUUCACCUGGCUUUGAACGUGGAGGUGACUGAAGCUUUUCAAAAUGCCGGCGAAGUUGCACAGAUUGCUGCCGUUUGCCGAGGGACCGAGAACUGCUCCAUGCAUGAAGGUGUCGAGGUUCUCUCGUUGCCGGUUUUCUCGACAAGAGGCACUCGAAACGCUCUGAGACCUGGCUCUUUGAUCUUCGAGGAUCUUCCUCGCCACCAGCGGGCAGUGCUUCUGGAAGACGACUCGGAGCUUAAAAACGUGAAUCUCAGCCUAAGCCUACAGUUGCCUCCAGAGGGUCUUGAUCUUCAGCCCAUUCAGAACGUCUCCAGCAUCCUGAUACGGAUGCUCCUCUUUCCUUUGAGCUCCUGGGAGGUAGCUACAUGUGAGGCGAGCAUCGGCAUUUGUGAGACCGAACACUUCGGACCUUAUCGCAGCUGGGUGUCGCUGGACAUGUCGGCAGCCUGGGAGGGAAAGGCCUCAGCCGGCCUGUGGGAUCCAGGCUCAGAUUGGCGAUGGCAGCUGGCACUGCCUGCUCCCCGCGCGGCCUUCUUUCCUAGCCAGGCGGUGGCAGAGCUCAUGGUGAGCGGGGAAGAUGAGAAUGCAUCUCUUGUCGAGUUCAGUGGCAUCUUUCCCUUCGCAGCCUUCUGGCGUCGCCAGUCGCACGGAGCACCGAUCGCAGUUCUUCAGCUGCUGGUCUUUGGUCGCUCUGGCCAUGGCCCGUUUCCUUUUCCUUCCAAAAGAAAUGAGAUUUUGGUGCGCCUGGAGCUUCCCACCACACUGACUGCUGGGACUCGGGGCGGGGCCGGCCUCUCGCUACAUCUUCCAGAAGACUAUGAGUGCCUCAGCGCCGAAACCAUACUCCAGCUCCAAGUGUUCGACCUUCCUCAAGAUGCCCAGUUGCUCGAGUCCCUUGAAGUGUCUCGCGAUCUGGAAGACUUCCUGGCAUCCGUGGCGCAUGAGACAGCGCGACGGGGGUGGAGGCAACGAGGCACCCGGCCCAGCGAGUGCUUCCUGAACCUGGAGGAGUUCGAGGCGUUCUACACUGGCCAAGUAAUCUAUGUGAAGGUGGCGUUUCACACACCAAAGUCCGUGCGCCCAGCCGAGCCCUGGCAUCUCGAGCUCCGCAGCCGAGGCGAGGAUUGGGAGGCCUCCACGCCCGAAGGGCUCAGCUUCCCCAGCUCGGGCUCCGACGGCACCGGCACCGGCACCGUUUGGCAGGGCGGCAUGAGCGUGCUCGGUGACCUGCGCUCCGUCACCCUGCAGCCCUCCACGCUCUCCUUCUCGGCUGCGGCCCUUUGGCUGACCGUCACCUUGCAGCCGCAUCGGCACUUUGCAGCCGCUGUCAUCAUCGACGGACCGAAGAGCGUCGAUUUUCAAAGCUGUGCGGCUCGCGUGCUCAACGAGGCUCUGCGAGCUGAAGGCGUUCGCCCCUUGCCGCUUGCAGAGGGGCCAAGCCCAAGCUGCGUGGCUGGCACGUGGCCUUGCCUUUUCCGACAGCUGCCGCCUCAUUGCGCCGAAGACCCCGCCCCGGCCCUGCCCAGAAGUCGAGCUUUCGUCCAUCUCAGAGAGCACCUCGAGCCCGGUCAGUUGUAUAGCUUCGAGGUCUCGGUGCGCUCUUUGAGCCUUGCAGCCGGUGAGUGGUAUGUCUGGACACAGAGCAGCUCCGGGCCUGAACUCCUGGAGGGGUCGCUGGCCGUCUUCAACCCCGACCACGGGGAGCCUCCGUGGCAACUCUCCGUCGAGGACUUGCAGGUCAACAUCUCCCUCUCGGACCGCAGGCCCUUCCUUCUCAGCGGAGCCACUGGGAAAGUCGAGGUUGACUUUCGGAGCCCCCGCAGUGGGAGGACCGGCUUGCGAAUCAUAGCUCCCAGCGGCUACAUCUGGGGCCCGCCCGUCACAGCUGGUGUCCUUCCUCGCGAUUGCUGGGCAGCGGUGGCGAUGCCAAGCGGCUGGCCAGGCUGCGAGGCGGUUGCCAAUGUGGUCACUUGGGACGGCCUCGACCUCUCCAACGAGACUUACAUCCUGCAGCUGGAGGUUCGAGUGCCGGCCCAGAUGCCUCGCUUGGGAAGCAACGCUUUCUUCGUGCAGCUGGGCGCUUUCAGCUCGGAGGCCGUGGAACAGGCCGGUUGGGCCGGCGCGGUCGUGAGCAAUGACGCGAUGGGCGAGCCAUUUCUGAUCUUGGCGAUCUCAGAGGCCUCGGUGGCCUGCAACUUGGCAGCCAUCCACUCAGUGCAUGUGCUAAACCCCAUCGUUGUCUCUGAGAUUCAAGGCUCUUGCACGGCUGCCGGAAUCCGCGCAAACUACGUGCGGUUCGCCGUGCGCUUGCCUGCUCUGCAGGCAGGCAAUGUCCUGCAGAUUUCUGGCGACGUGGCUACGGCAGCAUGGCUUCGCAUACAGCUUACGUGCCAUCCGGCCCAUUUUGCCGUUCGCUUUUCGAUGCAUGUCGCCGGAUUGACCUUCUCUGCAUCCUGUGCCAUCCGCGCUCCGCUUGCCACCGACAUGCCUCGUGGCGCCAUCGCAGUGCCCGAUGGCACGGACUGUCAGUACCGCACGACGGAGAUGACACUCUUGGACAGUGGCGGCGUAGUUCGGAUCGUGGAGGCGCCUUUGUUGCUUCUCAGCGCCUCGAUGCCAUGGCCAGGGGCCUUCUACGCGGUCGAAGUGCUCGGCCGCAAUCCGCCCAGCCCCGGCCCUGCCGGUACUUGGACCUUCGAAGUUUUCUCCGCAAGGCACCUUCAUGCCUUGUUUCUCGCUGCAUCGGCGGUUGGCUGUCCAGUGCGCCGUGCUCUUUCAGCAGGGCUGCUGGCUGCGCCGGAGCCCUACAGCGAGCAGGCGACGGCUUGGGAAAUCACUGGACGGCCAGGGCACAGAGAUCACGUGGUGCUCUCUCUCUCGGUCACAGAGCGACCAGCGGUCGAAAGUGGCCACCUCCCGCUUCGCCUCGUCGCUCCCAAGGGGUGGAGCUUUGUGUCUACUACGGGUUCCUUCGACGACGGAGACUGCUCGGCUUAUCCGGCUUACCCCGAUCCCUCCUCCAGAACUUUGUGGCCGGGACGUCUUGGAGCGUGCCGUGGGCGCGGCCGCGAAGCGGUGAUUGAAGUGCCGGCUGGCCUGGAGCCGCUGAACGUCUACUCUCUGCGGGUGGCCGUGAUCAAUCCCAGGUAUGAAGAGCUCUCAGAGCUCUCCGAGGAGGCCCUUUGGUUUCUGGAGCUCGGCGAAGAAGCGAGUCCCCCGCUUCUCGGUCCAAGGCUCCGAUUGCUUCGUGACAUCCGUGUGGAGCCCACGAGCACCGCAGCCCAGGGGCGCAAAGCGCCCCUGGUGCUCAGCUUGGUGCCUUCCACGUCCGUUCCUUCACAUGGACGCCUCCGCAUCACGGCUCCCCAAGGCAUCGCAUUCGAGCCAGGCAGCUGUCUUUUGGUAGAGUCCGCUGGUGCCUGUGAGCAAUGCUCCGCCGUGCUGGAAGCUUUGGACGAUCUUGCGGCCGCGGCGACGAAGGCUGGCGGAUGGUGUGCUUCAACUUCUGAGUGUUCAGACGAGGCCAGCAAUUGUCCGGAGGCUUACUUCUCGUUUGCCGUGGCGCUGUCCACGGCACAGCAGUCUGAAAGCAUCAGCGUUGCCGCAUCCUGCAGCUUUCGAUUGCUUCCCGAAGAUGUCCAUUGCGAGACGGAGGAUGCCCAAACCGGCCAGUCGCUGGUCCUACAGCUUUCCCGAAUGCAGUUCGUUUUUGGCCGGCGGUACGAGGUUUCUGUCGACAUUCGACACCCUUCCAUGGAGGUCGCUGAAAAUCUCAGCGACCCAUGGGAGGCUUGGCAGCUGCAGACGGAAACACUAGUGGAUGGCCUUUGGCAGCCCGUGGACGUGGGCGAGGCACCAAGCUAUGCUUUGUCUCCGGCAUUGGGCUUGAGUGUUGAGCUACAGCUGGAGCCGCCCAAACGCUUGCGCAACGGGUCUCUUUGUCAGCCGCCGAUGGCUGGUGGGAGCACCGGCGUGGUCGAUGUGCUUCUGGACUUGGCCCUUCCACUGCUCCCAGAAGACGAGCUUUACAUUUGGCUGCCGCCCGACCAGCUCAUCUCUUCUUGCCAACUCUCCGACUCUUCACCACCAUCAGCAACCCACGGAUCGCUCUGCGGCGAUCCGGCAGAGCUCGAGAUUGAUUGGGAGGGCACGGGCAGCACGGUGCCUCCGGUGGAAGUGGAUCCAAACGCAACCAGCACAGCAUCCACCACGAGUACAGUUACCAGAACGAGCACCACAAGCACGACCACCAGCACCAUAACAUCAACGACCUAUUCGGGAUCAAGCACAGACUGCGACAGCUCUGAUGGCGGCCUGUGUUUGAAAUGCCGCUGUGAUACUACCUGCGAGCUGCUCCUGACGGGCACGCGGGGUUUGGGCCAAAUUCAGAUCCGACUGGAGGUCGUUCAGGGACAAAGCAUCGUGCACCAUGCCCGGAGCUACUGGCGCGCGGCGCACCAGAGCUCUGGCAGCACGCUGGCAUCGGAGGUGGCCCCGACGUGGGCAGUGCGGCCGACGCUGAAUGCAGCGGUACGCCUCACUCCAGGACAGACGCCACCGGAGCUCCCAUCUGGAAGCAUGAAG